AUGGCACGCGGGAAAGGGUUCAGGCAGAGUGCUAGUAAUGUGGCAGAGGCGAGUAGUUCCGGAUCCGGCAAAGCGAUAGCUACAACGACCGACUCCGAAACCCCCAUUACCGUGGUGGCAAAUCCCGGUAGGGAUCGAGAGAGAUUUCUAAGGAAAUUAGAACCGCCAGUUUACAACGGAGAAGAACCGAGGGCUUGGAUAUUUCGAGCUGAACGAUAUUUCUCUAUUAAUCGGCUCACGAAAGCGAGAGAAAUUGAAAGCUCGCUGGAGUGUGUUUUGAAGGAGAGGCACAAGCUUGGUUAA